AUGAUAUUAGAAGGUAAAAGCAUUUUGAAUGGGGAUGUUAUUACUGGGAAAAAUUGUACAUAUGAUGCUUUGGUUGGAGUAUGUUCAUCAGAAGAUUUAAUUAUGAAACUUUUGCAGGAACUCAAUCUACUGGAACUUGCGCUUUUACCAAAAUAUCCAGAAGUAUCAGCAUGGAAUAAUUUACCAUCAAAGCUUUGUCCGGUGGUAUCAUUAUGUUAUCCUGGUCGAAUUCGAAUUCAAUCUCGUUAA